AUGGGGAAUGAACUCGGCGCAAACACCCAACACAGGGACACCAUCACCGAGAUGACCAGCCAGGAGAAGCACGUCGUGCGAGACACCUGGGCCAUCUUCAAGAAGGAAGCGCAGACGAGCGGCGUCGCCAUCUUCGUGGUCCUCUUCUUCAAGCAUCCGGCCUACCAGAAACUCUUUGUGGCCUUCGCGGCUGACCCGAUCGCAGAGCUGCCCCAGAACCCGCGCGCGACUGCCCAUGCGCUCACCGUCGCGUACGCCAUCAGCUCCAUCAUCGACACCCUCGACGAGCCGGAGACGUCUGCAGAGUUGGUUCGGAAGGUGGCCACCAACCACGUGCGCCAUCCCACCAUAUCGGGAGCCCAGUUCGAACACAUGGGCCAGGCCGUGGUGGAGGUCCUGGCGGAGAAGCUGGGAAGCGCCAUGAACCACCAGGCCGUCGGGUCCUGGCAGAAGUUCUUCGCCUUCGUCGUCAGGGUCUCCCAGAGCGUCUUCAAGGUCAAACUUUCGCGUAACUACGACUAG